AUGGCUCCCUUCCUUCAUCGACUGCUCGCAACGCUCUGCAUUCUUCUGUUUGUACUCCCUGCCCUCGCAGUGAAUGCUUCAGCAGAGAUCACGGAAUUCCACGAAGGCCGAGUCCUCACGACGUACAAUCUCUCAGCGGACGACUUGGCAGAGCGGGUCGUCUCUUUCCGUCUUUACCCGAGCCUUCUGGGAAACUCCGCCAACAAACAAACACGUAUAGAUAGCGCGAGUCGGUGCGGAGCAGAGUAUGACUUGCCCAACCAGGACAAGUCUACGAUAUCCAGCGUCUACGGAUCCUGGAUCGUGCCUGAGCUGAUACAACGCAGCGAGGGUGUUUCCGACAACCCGCCUUUAAACUGGCAGUGGAUCGUCGAAUGGGUUGGAAUGGACAAUGUUGGGACCGAUGGCCAGUCUGACCACGAUUGCAGCCUCCUUGAGGUCGGCGUCUUAUCAUUGAUAUAUGGCAAUCAUGAAAACAGCCAGCAAAAGAACACCCCGUUUUGGGCAAUGUUUCCGCAGCAGCAAGUUCCCCUCAACAUGGAGAUUCGUAAUGGCGACUCUGUGAGUGUGAACGCCACCGUGAUGUCAGAAAAGACAGCAACAAUCUCCAUUGAAAACCUGUCAACGCGAUACCUCAUUGAGGGAAAGCUCACAAUCGGUCCGGAUGAAAAGCAGAAGUGGUGCGGACGAAACGCGGCCUGGGUAGUAGAAGGCACGUGGGCACCAGUCAAUGUACCGGCUCCCGGGCCUUUUCCUCCUUUUGCUAGUUGGAUCCUCUUCAACUUCACGAAUGUACAUGCCAUCACAAGCACCGGCGACCAAAUCGGUCUCAGCGAGGCGACACUCUUCGAUACAAAGCAAUCCGACCCAGAUGCACAUGAGUCGUUGACUUUUUGCAGGCCGGUGCAAAUGGAUAGCAGCACGCUCGAGUUCUAUCCUUACUAG